UGAAAAGAUUGACGGGCCCAGUCGUUGAAAUUGAGUGAACUCUUCUAUAUAAAGCCAUCUUGAAGCUUUAAGGCAAUCGACUGUCAUUCCGGUUACUAUCGUCUAAAACAAGAAACAUGUGGCCUCAUAGCAGACUCAGAACCCCAUUGGAUGUCGAUUUGGUUUAUAGCCGGCUUGGGUUCUUUAUCGAGUCUUGGAAGGCUGCCAAAGGGCCUGAUACCGAAAAACUACAAUCCUGCGGAGGCAUCCUGAUGGGCGAAGUUCCUACACGCGCGGGGAACAAACCAUUGCACGACUUUCUUUUUGGAGAUAGGCUGAUCGAAACACUGAUUUUUAUCACCCCUACGACCAUCACAUUCAUCUGUUCACCCAGGCAAGCGGAAGUUCUCGCACCUUUAGCCAAACCUCGCCAGGAUCAAUCAAAGCACAUCUGUGUGAAAUUACUCGUAAAGCUAGCAGAACCGAAAUCGGGAAACUCAUGGAUGAAAGAUCUCCUGACUUCCGUUGAGGCAGUAAUUUCAAAUUCUAAAAAAAUUGGUCGCAUGUCGAAAGAUCAGAGCUGGGCGGGAUGGAGGUCGUUCUUGAAAAGCGAGGGAAAGGGGGCGUUAUAUGAAGACGCGACCAUCAUUUCCAAUGAGAUGUCUGCAAUUCUGGCGAUCAAGCACCCAGAAGAGAUAAAACGUACGGAAAUCGCUUGUCAAAUGAGUCUCCAACUCAUGUCCCUUCUGUCCAAACAUCUGAUCAGUCUGAUAGAGGAGGGUGAGGAAAUAACUAGUCAGAAAAUUGCUCAAUUCAUUCGGGAAAAACAUAAUGAUGGCAGUUAUUGGGAAGAAGCCAAAUUUGAACCCGAUUUUAACAAGCAAGACGCCAUCCUUCGUAGCCUUCCCGUAAUUCGGGCUGGUGGUGAUAGCUGGAGAUUUCGCAAGUCAGACCCAAUCGGUGCCGAGCAACUUGGUAACACUGGAGUAUUUCUGGCUGACUUGGGGAUCCAAUAUAAAUCGUAUGGCUCUUACAUACGUCGUAGUCUCCUGGUUGAUCCACACCCAACGCAACAAGAAAACUACAGCUAUUUGCUAGAGUUGCACAGGUUCGCCCUUACAGAACUCAGAGAAGGGGUAACCGGCCAUGAAUUUUACGCUUUGGUCAGUAGAAAGGCAAAAUCCGACCGACCCGGGCUUCAUCUUCCACAUAUCUUUGGAUCCAGUCUAGGCGCAGAUCCUCAAAAGCGAUUAUUAAACUUGACGAAAAAUUGCUCCGCCGUUUUGAAAAGGAAUAUGGUCUUCACAUUGUCCUUAGGCUUUCUCAAUAUUACAGAUCCCUUUGACAGAAGAAGUAAAUACUCCCUUCAUAUUACGGACACCGUGUGUAUUGGCGAAAAUGGUUCGAUCAUUCUCUCCGAUGGAUUGAGAGAACCAUCAGAUAUCACUUUCUUUGUGAACAGCGAUCCAUCAAAGACUGAUCAAGUGAAAGUCGAAGCUUGCAGCCAGAAUUCUAAGAAGGUACAUUCUUCGAGGGGUAGAGAAGUGGUAUUGAAAAGGUCGGGAAGCUCUGGGGAAGAACGAAAACGUCAAAAAAAUUCUCCGGCACCUUCAAGUAACGACUCGGACUGCCCGGGCGGCGAUUCAAAUGUCGGUAUCGAUACAAAACCGCGGGUGAGCAGCGAAUAUUCAACAGCUAAAAAGCGGGCCGGUCUAGGCCAUGGCGAUAUCCAACCCAUGAAAAACCGAGGAAAUGAACAAAAAUCGACAAGAGCGAACAAGAGCGAAACCCCUGAUGUCGACAAGAGGCUUGAUGUUCUAAAACAAGCCGAGGAUUCAAUGAUGAAAGGAUUAACUGAUCUUGAAAAUAAGCUUAAUGAUUCCAAAAGUCAAAUCAAGGAAAAUUUCGCCGAGUUGAGAAAAUCGGUAGCAACAGAUAGCCCAACUGACCACCAACAGAGAAUGUUGAAAUUUCAAGAAGAAUGGACAACGGAGAACCACCAAGUGUUUCAAGAAAUAGGAAAACUGGAGUGACGUGAAGAUAAUCUUCCUGGACGUCUUUAAGCGCCAAAACAUCCGCCAACCUUGAUCGGACGUACAACAUCGGGAACAAAUGACUCUUACUAAAAACUAAAGAUAUCGACUGAGAAAAGCGCUAAACCAAGAAGCUGAAGUACUUGAAUGAUCACUACUUCUCAAUGUGAAAAUCCCAAAGUGUCAUUAUGAUGUGUUUCCCACCUACGUAGUCCCCUCUCAAUUCCAGCUUUCUUUGAAUAAAUUUCUCCAUUUUGACCUUCCUACCUAAACAUACGGUCUGAUUGGUUGUACAAAUGUUGUCCCCUUGAACCUCUAUUUCUUAUCUGACCGCCCAAUAAACUGUGAAUGAUUCCCUCCUUCUCAACUCCUCACUUCGAUUGGCUUGCUGUUGAAUUUCCAAAUACAAAAAAACCGAGUUCACUUCUUUUGUGCUUCUAUUUUGACAGUUGAGUUAGAGAAAGUUCAGGAUAUUUGACUAACAAUGGAAAGC